AUGCUACGCCGCUGGCCGGUGGCCGCCUGGCUGGCGGGGCUGCUGGCGCUGGUGGUGCCCGCCCCGGGCUGGGAGCUGCGCCUCGCCGGCGGCCCCGGCGGCCCCGGCGCCCCAUUGCUGGACCUCUCGCUGGGGCCGGAGUGGCACUACGCGCUGGACCAGACCCUGACGGCCCGCCAGCUGAGGGACGCCGUCGAGGUGACGGGCGACGGGCUGCUGCGGAGAACCGGGAAGCCCCUGGCCUGCGCCUCGGUGGCGCGCAACCCGCUGCCGCUCCACUUGCGCCUCUUCUCCGCCGGCGGCGGCGGCGGCGGCGCGCUCCUCUCGCUUCGCUUGGCGGCUUACUUGCACGGCCCCGGCUGCCCUCGUGCGGCGCCUGCCCGGACGCCGCCUCGCCUCGCCGCCUUCCCGGUCGGGCACCUGCCCUCCCUGCUUUGCCCCUCGCCCUCCCGCCAGACCGGCGGCGGACGUCUCUUCUCCGCCCUCGCGGCCUUGACGAGCUUCCCACAGUGUCGGUGCUCCGACGGCCCCCCCUUGGCCUGCAGCGAAGGGAGGGAAGGGUGCCCUCAGCCCUCUGGGGGAAACCGCCUGUGGCUUCUUUGUCACCUGAGGAGGACCCAGGGGGCCAUCCUGGUGGAGCUGGGGCCACUGGAGCAGCAGGUGGCUGGAGAAGAAGGGCAGGAGAAGUUGAGGUUGGGGAGGGAAAGGGAGGGUCCAUUUGGGACGGGGAGUGAAGCCAGCUGGGAGUCCUGGCAUCGGGGUGCCAGGAGGUUGAGGAGUGUGAACAACCCACCACAGUUCAAGCUGCCCAACUAUCAAGUAUCGAUUGCUGAGAACCAGCCUUCUGGCACCAGGGUCAUCACACUGGAAGCUCACGAUCCUGAUGAGGGGGAGGCAGGCCGACUGACGUAUUCCAUGGAGGCAUUCUUUGACAAGCGGUCUGAUGAUUACUUCUCCAUUGACUCUAAGACUGGAGUAGUGGUCACCUCGCGUAGCCUGGACCGGGAGACAAAGGAUACCCACGUGCUUCAAAUCACCGCAGUGGACCAUGGCUCCCCACGACACCGGUCAGCCACCACCUUCCUGACUGUGACUGUGAGUGACACCAACGAUCAUGGUCCGGUGUUCGAACAGCCCGAAUACCGAGAGAACAUCCGAGAGAAUCUUGAAGUGGGUUAUGAAGUGCUGACUAUUCGUGCCACAGAUGAGGAUGCCCCAGACAACGCUAACUUGCUCUAUCGUAUCCUGGAGCCUGGUGCUGGAGAGGGAGUCUUUGAGAUUGAUCCACACUCUGGUGUUGUGAGGACUUGUGCCCCUGUGGACCGAGAGGAGAUUUCAGAAUAUCAUCUUGUGGUGGAAGCCAAUGACCAGGGCAAAGACCCGGGUCCUCGCAGUGCCACAGUCACUGUACAUAUCAUGGUGGAAGAUGAAAAUGACAAUUCUCCACAGUUCAGUGAGAAACGCUACUUGGUGCAGAUUCCGGAGGAUACAGCAAUAAACAGUCAGGUUCUGCAGGUGCAAGCCACUGACAGAGAUCGGGGUGGCAAUGCACAGGUGCACUAUAGUAUUGUGAGUGGGAAUCUCAAAGGCCAGUUUUACAUCCAUUCUUUUUCUGGCUCUAUUGACUUGAUAAACCCCCUGGAUUAUGAGACUAUUAGAGAAUAUAACUUGAGGAUAAAAGCCCAGGAUGGGGGAAGGCCUCCACAAAUCAAUUCCAGUGGGAUGGUCUCCAUUCAGGUGUUAGAUGUAAAUGAUAAUGCUCCCAUCUUUGUAAGCACCCCUUUUCAAGCCACAGUACUAGAGAAUGUCCCACUGGGCUACUCAGUGUUACACGUUCAGGCAGUAGAUGCUGACUCUGGGGAUAAUGCCCGCUUGGAAUAUAAACUCAUUGAACUAUCUCAUCCUUCUUUUCCAGUACCCCCAAGUGGGGGCACUGGUUUUCCCUUCCAGAUCAACAACAGUACUGGGUGGAUUACAGUAUCAGCUGAGCUUGACCGGGAGACUGUGGAGAGCUACCAUUUUGGGGUGGAGGCCAGAGACCAUGGAGUGCCUGUCAUGAGUUCCUCAGCCAGUGUGUCUAUUACUGUUCUUGAUGUCAAUGAUAACAGCCCCAUGUUUACAGAAAAAGUUUAUCAGCUCAGGCUUAAUGAAGAUGCAGCAGUAGGCAGCAGUGUCUUGACUCUGACAGCAGUGGACAGGGAUGUCAACAGUGUGGUGACUUACCAAAUCACUAGUGGCAACACAAGGAACCGCUUUGCUAUCACUAGUCAGAGUGCAGGUGGGCUGAUCACCCUGUCUUUGCCCCUGGAUUACAAACAAGAGAGGCAAUAUGUGUUAACGGUCAUGGCCUCAGAUGGAACUCUCUUUGACACUGUACAAGUCUUCAUCAAUGUCACAGAUGCCAACACACACCGGCCAGUUUUCCAAAGUUCCCACUACACAGUGAGCGUUAGUGAAGACAAGCCCAUUGGCACAUCCAUUGUAACCAUCAGUGCCACCGAUGAGGAUACUGGGGAGAAUGCUAGAAUCACUUACGUCCUGGAGGACAACAUCCCUCAGUUCCGCAUUGAUCCUGACAUGGGCACAAUUACCACACUGAUGGAAUUAGACUAUGAGGACCAAGCUGCUUAUACUUUGGCCAUCACAGCCCAUGAUAAUGGAAUCCCUCAGAAAUCUGAUACCACCUAUGUGGAGAUCCUUAUCCUGGAUGCCAAUGACAAUGCACCCCGAUUCCUUCGUGACCGUUAUCAGGGUGCUGUUUUUGAGGAUGUGCCACUCUCUACCAGUGUCCUUCAGGUGUCUGCUACUGAUCGUGAUUCGGGCCAAAAUGGUCGCCUCCUUUAUACCUUCCAAGGUGGUGAUGAUGGUGAUGGAGAUUUUUACAUUGAGGCCACAUCAGGGGUGAUACGGACGCUGCGUAAGCUGGAUCGUGAAAACGUGGCCGUUUACAGCCUGCGGGCUUUUGCUGUGGACAGGGGAGUUCCACCCCUCAAAGCCUCUGUGGAUAUCCAGGUCACAGUGCUAGAUAUCAAUGAUAACCCACCUGUUUUUGAGCAGGAUGAAUUUGACAUCUUUGUGAAGGAAAACAGCCCUGUUGGUUCCAUUGUGACCCGCAUCAGUGCCGUAGACCCAGAUGAGGGAACUAAUGCGCAGAUCAUGUAUCAGAUUGUGGAGGGGAACAUCCCUGAAGUCUUUCAGCUUGACCUCCUCAAUGGGGACCUCACAGCCCUGAUGGAUCUGGAUUAUGAAAGCCAGACAGAAUAUGUGAUCGUGGUGCAAGCUACCUCAGCCCCUCUUGUUAGUCGAGCCACUGUCCACAUACGUCUCCUAGAUCAGAAUGACAAUGCUCCUGUGCUACAAGACUUCCAGAUCCUUUUCAACAAUUAUGUCACCAACAAAUCCAAUAGUUUCCCUUCUGGAGUGAUUGGCAAGAUCCCUGCCCAUGAUCCUGAUAUAUCUGACAGACUUAACUACACUUUCAUCAGGGGCAAUGAGUUAAACCUGCUGCUUUUGGAUUCCUCUACUGGAGAGCUCAAGCUAAGCCGGGAUCUGGACAACAACAGACCUUUGGAAGCCAUCAUGGAAGUCUCCGUUUCAGAGAAAUGUACCAUAUUUUCCAGCUUUGGUACAGAUGACCAGAAACCCAAAUUCAGAAGGCUAACAUGCCACCUCAAGUACAACGAGGUCACCGACGCCGGCAAGAGACGAGCGCUGCUCCUAAGCUCCUGCGGAGUGACGACGGUCCGCCUCGCCAAAAGUCUCCUCGCACCCCGGUCCAUCCUGGAGUGCACCUACGAGGAGAUCAUCGAUGCCCUCACCCGGUACCUCACGCCGCGGCCGACAACGCUCGCCAGGCGGCUGGCUUUCCAGAGCCGCACACAGAAACCGGGCGAGUCGGACGCAGCCUUUAUGGCCGCCCUGCGCCUGCUGGCUAUGGACUGCUCCUUCACCAAGGUGGAGGAGAACCUGCUGACCCAGUUCGCGUGGGGCCUCAGCGACCUCAAACUGCGGAGGAAGAUGGUCGGGACCGCCGACAUCAAGCUAGAGGCGGCCCUACAACUUGCCAUCGCGCACGAGGACUCCCAUCGCCAAUCUUACGCAGUGCAUCAAGUCCUCCCUGAUGGAGACACCGAGGACUCCGAGGAAGAAGACGUCCGCCUUGUCCGACAGCUGCAACGCCACCAGCCACCGGCCCCAGGCAACCCCGGACACAAGCCCGCCGGCCGCUCCACAUGUGCCAGCUGCGGCGAGGAACACGAGUGCCGGGCCUGCAGGUUCCGCGACGCAACGUGCCACACUUGCGGGAAGCAGGGACACCUCGCACGCGUCUGCCGGUCCAAAGGAACCAGGCGCCAACAAGCCCGGCUCAACACCGCCGUCAGUCUGCCGCCACGCACGGGACAUCCGCAGAGGCAUCCGAGCUCUACCUCCUCACGGAGCAACCAUCGCAACAGCUGUGCCCUGGGGGCCCCCCGAUUACGCCCGUCACACCUGAGCCUGGUGGACUUUCAAAGAAACCCGGUUCCCAUCAGGGGGGUGCGGACUUUCAGGGUGAAGUUUAGAGGAUUUUCGGGACCUUUGGACCUGGUGGUGGUUGAGGGAAACCUGGUCAGCCUACUGGGCAGGGCCUGGUUUGAACCGCUGGGCAUCACGGUCGGAGUCAAGGGGAUACACAGCUGUGCCCCAAGAGACUAUAGUGACAUUUGUAACGAGUUCCCGGCCGUGUUCGAUGGGGCCCUGGGAUGCUACAAAGGACCCCCGGUCUCCCUACAACUGGACCCCUCAGUUGCCCCCAUCCGCUUGCGUUACCGCACGGCUCCCAUCUCCAUUCAGCCAAAGAUAGACGUGGAGCUGGAUAAGUUGGUGGCGCAGGGGGUCCUGGAGCCCAUCCCACACGCAACUCACGUCCUGGCCACGCUGGCGGGAGCAUCCAUAUUUGGGAAGCUGGACUUAGCUCAGGCAUACCAGCAACUGCCGGUCAACGAGGCCACCGCCACGGCGCAGACAAUAGUCACCCACAGGGGGGCGUUCAGGGUGAAGAGGUUGCAAUUCGGGCCGUAUGAAAUAGUCAAGGGUGAGAGAGAAAGACUGGCCCAAGAUCCCAGUGAGUUUCAUGGAUCAGUGGGAAUUUAA